GCAAAACAAGAAAAAAUGAAUUUCUCAUGCAGAGUGUGAUGAACAGCGUGUUCAGGUUUACUGUAAGCAUGAAGAUGUUGGAUGCAUGGCAAACAAAUUUCUUGCAGAUUGAAGUAGGCUAUGUCUGGAGAUAAUAAUUGUGUAGACCGUCAAUCAGGCCCUGUGUCCCCAAAACCCAGAUCCAAAUAGAUUACUCUUUGUUCUGUUGUGAAAGCAGAGCAGCGUGAGCACAUUAGACAGCAGGUAGCCUCAAACAGCUCAUGCUGGCUGCAAGAUGGUCUCCUCAUUUUCCCAUGAAGAGGCGCAGACACUGUGUGAGUGAGUCAGCCUGGCUCUGCUGAAGGGCCCCUCAAACCAACUGCCUCCAGAUCAGUGAUCUCCGUGGUGUGUCUCUGCACUGAGGUGGAGGGAGGAUUACCUACUUUCGGAGUGUGGAUGUGGUCUACCCACCCAUACAGACUAUGCACCAUUUUACGCAGGUUUAUUGUUUCCAUUUGAUGGCGGUAUGAAAUAGACUAUCGAUUUCACUUGUCCUAUUUCAACUUUGGCCAAGAUUGGAUUUUUAAACGAGCUGGGCUGGGCAUCUCCGGCCGACCCGCCUGGGAGCAGAGGAUCACAGGGGCUGCUGGGACUCGCAGGUCGGAGUGCGCAAAGCAACGCGCCCCUGUGUGUGUGAUUCAUCCGCAGUUUCCAGACGGUGCGCAGGUGGAGGCGAAGAGGAGAGGGAGCAGCCGCUCAGGACGGACGGAUGAAGCGGACAGGGAUGUUCAGUACGCGCAGCUAAGGAACGAACUGUUUCUGUCCUCCUCCCUCCUCCGCUGCCUUCAUUUGGAAGCAGCGGCUCGGUUUGGCGCAGCUGGAACCCAUUUUUCUUCCUCCACGACAAAAGUUUGACUGUUAAAAAAUGAUGCUCUGCUGCGCUCCUGCUUUUUCACGCAGUGCUGUGGAUUCCGGCGUGAGUGGCCAGUCGUCACUUGAGAAAUAGCUGCGAAUCUGUCGGUUUUAAAUUCGGUGCCAGUUUGAACAAACAGAGGGCUUUUAUUCCCGCACACCAUCAUCAUCAUCAUCAUCAUCAUCUCGCCCGGGAUUGCAUCCGUUUGAAUUCAUGUCGCACUCCAUAAUGGACUUCCUCGGACUGUACUUCUUGCAGCUGGCUCUCAUUGGAGUCCCACGCAUGGCUCUGUCUGCAGGCGGGAGGGACUGCCUGCGCGCCGGAGACACCUGCUCCAGCGAUGACACCUGCAGCCCACGUCUGCGCACCCUCAGGCAGUGCGUGGCGGGGGACGGGAGCAUGAAGCUCGGGCCUGGAGCGCGCAACCAGUGUGAGAACGCCAUGACGGCACUGCUGUCCACUCCUCUGCACGGCUGCCAGUGUAAACGAGGCAUGAAGAAGGAGAAGAACUGCCUGAGUAUCUACUGGAGCCUGCAUCAGUCCGUGCUGCACGGACUCAGCCUGGUGGAGAGUUUUCCCUACGAACCAGAAGAGAGGGGCUCUGACUACGUCCGUCUGGCCUCCAUUGCUGCAGAGUCUGAAGUAACGACGGUGAACCGCUGCCUGGAUGCUGCCAAGGCGUGUAACAUUGAUGAGACGUGUCAGAAGCUUCGCACGGAGUACGUCUCGGCGUGCAUCCAGCCGUCAGCCCGCUCGGGGCCGUGUAACCGACCAAAGUGCAACAAGGCGCUGAGGAAGUUCUUUGACCGCGUUCCCCCUGACUACACCCAUGAGCUGCUGUUCUGUCCCUGCACCGACACGGCCUGCGCAGAGCGCCGCCGGCAAACCAUCGUUCCGUCCUGCUCCUAUGAGGACAAGGACAAGCCCAACUGCCUGGCUCAGCUGCGGAGCUGCAAAGCAGACUACGUGUGCAGGUCUCGCUGGGCACAGUUCCAGUAUGAUUGCCAACCUUCCGAGCAGAGCGCCAGUGGCUGCAAGCAGGAGAACUACGGAGCAUGUCUACUUGCGUACACCGGCCUGAUGGGAAGCACAAUAACUCCCAACUACCUUGACAACUCCACAUCCAACGUGGGACCGUGGUGCUCCUGUGCAGCGAGCGGCAACCACAGGGAGCAAUGCAAUGACUUCCUGUUUUCUUUCCACGACAACAUCUGCCUGAAAAAUGCCAUCGUGGCCUUCGGGAACGGGUCGGACGUGAAAACGGACGCCGGUCAGCCCGGGAUGCCCAGUCCAGCGACGGACAACCAGAGCCCGCACUUGGCAACCACCGCCCCAGGCGUCUCCAUGGAAACAGAGCAGAACAUUCUGAAAGCACAGAUACCUACUCAGGUAAAUGAGAAUGACAGAUUGUGGGGCGACGAGGGAGACUCCACUCUUCCCUCUCCGGGCCUUUCGGACCGUGGAACUGAGCCCGUCCGUGCAUCCCUGCUUCUGGGCCUCGGCUGGCCGCUCCUGCUGCUGCUCGCCGACCAAUAAGAGGCCUCGCUCACCUGGCCUCCAUGGACAAACCUCCAGACCCGGGGAGGGGAGGGUGGGUUUGUGAGAGCGAGAGAAAGAGCCAUUUUUAUGUGUCAAAUGACGGCGGGGGAAAGGGUCGACUCUGCCCGCUCCCCUCUCCGUCACAGAAAUCACACUCAAUCUCUUUUUUGUGAACCAUGACUCAGCAGAUGUGUCGUGCAGCCCACGCCGUGAGAAAGACCGCUGGAGAGGGUGGGGUGAGGGUGAGGGUGGGGGGAGAAAAAAAACAGGAAGUACACACCUCAUUUCUUGCUUCACGCCUGCCCAAACACCAACUGUUACACAUGACACACACCACGCAGACUUUGCUCAUCUGAAAAUAACGUCCAAACUCCAGGAAGGGGCCCGUGGGUUCAGAAGGUGUACAGUGAAGAGACACUGGAGACACAGUGCCAGAAAACUCUAAGAAAAAUCUAAAAAACAACAAAAAAAAGAUUUUUUUGUCCCUGAACAUUCCUUGGUGUAAAAGAAAAAUAUUAAAUGUUAAGACUUUUCUCUCAGAUGAACUGUGAUGAAGUGUUACACGAGAUUUAAGGUGGAUGUGUGUGUUUGUCCACAUGCAGCGCUCUGCUCGUUCAGCUUUGCUCUUUAUGUUGAUGCCACAUUUUUAUGAUUUGAAUUCUGCACACGUUAUAAUCGAGUCCAAUCACAAUGGGAUUCUCUGACUGUUUGUUGUUGUGUUUUAAGUGGCAGGAUGAAGAGUUCAUUUCCAAAUAAAGAAUAUAUAUAGACAAACUUAAGUUGUUAAUUGAAAGGUAACAUUGAAAUUAAGAAGCGCUCCCAAAGUCUGUGAAAGUGUUUCAUUUUGUCAAACAAGGACCUACAUCACUACUUAUUAAUGUAUUGUAGUUUGUUUUCAUUUUAAAUCUAUAAGUCAUUUUGUAUGAGUAGAUAUCAUUGGAAGGGAACUCUUCAUAUACAGUACACAUUCAUUUAGCUUUAAGUGUGAGGCCUUUGAGUUUGUUCCUCUUCAGAAAUGUAUAAAAAAAAUAUCCUGUGGUUAUGGUGAAGCAACAAGAGAUGGAAACAAGUUUAUAUUUUUUAAAUGUAUGUGGAGAAAACAGAUAUCUAUCGACAAGUUUGUGACCAAUCAUGCUUUUCCGUAGUGGGAGGACGGGUGGGAAACAGAAGGGGCAGAUUUUGAUGCAUGGACGGAUGCAUCCGUCCUUCCAGAGAGUCGUGAGAUGAAGGUGGUGACCCGUGUUGGCCCUCGCUAUCUGCUGGGACUCACUCAACAUGAGACGCCGGAGGAUUUACAAUACGUACUGUAGAAGCACAGCUCUGCUUUGAGGAGCGGACAUGUCUGUGGAGAACUGUUGAGCUCGAGAGGCUGAGGUUUCUCAUGCGCCAUCGAUACUGCCAUUGAAUUCAGAUCUCUGAAGAAACACCCAGUCGUCUCAACACAUUAUUAAACGACACAACACUGAUUUUAACACAGAGACAGGAAAUGCGAUGAAGAUGUCACAUUCAUGUCGGACCUAAAAAAGCUCGCAGUAUGAGUUCAGAAUGUCAUAACGUUAAUAAUAGUUGUUGGAUUUUACCCAAAAAACAAGUUCAAGUUCAAGAAGUUCACUCAAAUCACAAACCAAUAUUUUCCUCAGCUAGUCAUGCAGAUACUUUUGCCCAGGUUUUGAGGUAUUGUUCUGAAAAUGCCGCUGCCAUUCAAGUACAAUAAAGAUGAUUGAUUUUUUUUUUC